AUGGAUGCAUCAGAUGGCAAACGGAGGGUUGCAGCUCUGUCCAUGAAGACAGCAGCAGAUGCAACUAUGUCACCAUCUUUUGAUCCAUCAAGUAAACGGCUCGGUAGUGAAGCAGUUAUUGUAGACACGUCAUUGAUAUCGGAGAUAAAGAAGGGUUCUAGUGAUAUCUUAAAAAGUAGUUAUACCUACUUACUGUGCCACCCAGAAGAUAUUUUGAAGAAGGAAGUAUGUGAUAUUCUUUGUACAGACUCUUGGCAAAAAGAGAUAACUCACAUAUUUAUAGAUGAGGCACAUUGUGUAGUACAGUGGGGGCACGAAUUUAGACCGGACUAUAUGAAAAUUAGUAAACUAAGGUCAGUUUUCCCAGAGUCAAAAUUUGUGGCAUUAACAGCUACAGCAACAAAGCUUAUGAUAAGAGAAAUAACUGACAUACUUCUAAUGAAAAGCUUUACAACCAUAUCUGCAUGUGUUGAUCGGCCUAAUGUGAAAAUUACAAUAAUAAAGAGAUUACCAUCAGCUGGAGGAAAAAAUACAGCAGAAGAAUCAUUUAAACAGGUAAUGGAACCUUUGUUGAGAAGCUUGUGUGAUGAUGCAGAUAAUUUUCCAAAAACUAUAGUAUACAGCAAACUAAAGUGGUGUGGAAAUGGUUACAACAUGGUAUGCCAAGAAGCAGCAAAAGAAAGUGAUCCAAAUGCUGUGAUUCAGAGAGUUUCACAGUAUCAUUCAGCAUGUACAGAUCAGAUGAAAAAGAUAAUUGUUGAUGAUAUGGCUGAUGUGAAUGGGAAUAUAUCACUACUGUUUGCAACUGAAGCAUAUGGGAUGGGUGCAGAUGCACCAAAUAUAAGAAGAAUCAUACAUUAUGGACCACCUACUUCUGUAGAAACUUAUAUGCAAGAGAUUGGCCGUGCUGGCAGAGAUGGUCUUCAAAGUGAAGCUGUAUUGUACUUUAACAACAAUGACCUAGGUGGUAACACCCCAGUUAGAGAUGAAGUCAAACAAUUUUGUAGACUUAAAUCAUGCAGAAGGCAAUUUCUCUGUAAACAUUUUGACUGGGAAUGUGUGGCUUUGUUGAUAAAACACAACUGUUGUGACAUUUGUAAGGUGGACUGUAAUUGUAUUGAGUGCUUAUCAAAUUCAGCAUUUGAUGACCUUGAUGUUGCUGAAGAUGAUAAAGAAGGUACUCCGUCACAGCUUCAAACUCUAUUAGCAGCAUAUUUUCAACUGGAAAAUGAUUUAGUUGACAUGCCAAAAUCAGAAAUUUUUACAGGUCUGUCUUCUGAGCUUGUUCCAGAGAUAGUUAAAAAUUGUUUAUCUUAUAAAUCUGCUUGGGAGAUAUGUAGAAAAUUUCCUUUCUUGAAAUUUGAAUAUGCUUGUAAUAUAUUCAAAAUUAUAUUGAAUGUCAAAUCUGAAUGUCCUGAGGUUUAA